GGCGACGUGGCCGCCGGAGCCCGGAAGUGGUCCGGGUGGGACGCGGGCCGGGGAGUCGUAGUGCACCGCGUCGAUACCUCCUAGCGCCGCUGCUUGCGCCCCGACUGGCGUCAGGAUGUUGAAGAAAUUCGACAAGAAGGACGAGGAGUCGGGUGGAGGCUCCAACCCAUUCCAGCACCUGGAGAAAAGUUCAGUACUCCAGGAGGCCCGUGUCUUUAAUGAAACUCCCAUCAACCCUCGGAAAUGUGCCCACAUCCUCACCAAGAUUCUUUACCUCAUAAACCAGGGGGAGCACCUGGGGACCACUGAAGCAACGGAGGCCUUCUUUGCCAUGACCAAACUUUUUCAGUCCAAUGACCCCACACUACGGCGAAUGUGCUACUUGACCAUCAAGGAGAUGUCUUGCAUUGCAGAGGAUGUCAUCAUCGUUACCAGCAGCCUGACAAAAGACAUGACUGGGAAAGAGGACAACUAUAGGGGCCCGGCUGUGCGUGCCCUGUGCCAGAUCACUGACAGUACCAUGCUGCAGGCCAUUGAGCGCUACAUGAAGCAGGCUAUUGUGGACAAGGUGCCCAGUGUCUCUAGUUCUGCCUUGGUGUCUUCCCUGCACCUGCUGAAGUGUAGCUUUGACAUGGUCAAGCGCUGGGUGAAUGAGGCUCAGGAGGCAGCAUCCAGCGAUAACAUCAUGGUUCAGUACCAUGCACUGGGGCUCCUGUACCAUGUGCGAAAGAACGACCGCCUGGCUGUCAACAAGAUGAUCAGCAAGUUCACCCGGCAUGGCCUGAAGUCACCCUUCGCCUACUGCAUGAUGAUCCGAGUGGCCAGCAAGCAACUAGAAGAGGAGGACGGCAGCCGCGACAGUCCACUGUUUGACUUCAUUGAGAGCUGCUUGCGAAACAAACAUGAAAUGGUGGUGUAUGAAGCUGCUUCAGCCAUCGUCAAUCUGCCAGGCUGCAGUGCCAAAGAGCUGGCUCCAGCAGUGUCAGUGCUCCAACUCUUCUGCAGUUCUCCCAAGGCUGCGCUCCGCUAUGCUGCCGUCCGCACUCUCAAUAAGGUGGCCAUGAAGCACCCAUCUGCUGUGACCGCCUGUAACCUGGACCUGGAGAACCUGGUUACAGACUCAAAUCGCAGCAUUGCCACACUGGCCAUCACCACACUGCUCAAGACAGGCAGCGAGAGCAGCAUUGACCGUCUCAUGAAGCAGAUCUCAUCCUUCAUGUCGGAGAUCUCUGAUGAGUUCAAGGUGGUGGUUGUCCAGGCUAUCAGUGCCCUGUGUCAGAAAUAUCCUCGAAAACAUGCUGUCCUUAUGAACUUCCUGUUCACCAUGCUGCGGGAGGAGGGUGGCUUUGAGUACAAGCGUGCCAUCGUGGACUGCAUCAUCAGUAUCAUCGAGGAGAACUCUGAGAGCAAGGAGACGGGGCUGUCUCACCUAUGUGAGUUCAUUGAGGACUGUGAAUUCACAGUGCUGGCCACACGCAUCCUGCAUCUUCUGGGCCAGGAGGGGCCCAAGACCAACAACCCCUCUAAGUACAUCCGCUUCAUCUACAAUCGCGUGGUGCUGGAGCACGAGGAGGUCCGUGCAGGUGCCGUGAGUGCUCUGGCCAAAUUUGGAGCCCAGAAUGAAGAGAUGCUGCCCAGCAUCCUGGUGCUGCUGAAGAGGUGUGUGAUGGAUGAUGACAACGAAGUAAGAGACCGAGCCACCUUCUACUUGAAUGUCUUAGAGCAAAAGCAGAAGGCACUCAAUGCUGGCUAUAUCCUAAACGGUCUGACUGUGUCCAUCCCUGGGCUGGAGAGGGCUCUGCAGCAGUAUACUCUUGAACCAUCAGAAAAGCCCUUUGACCUCAAGUCUGUGCCCCUGGCUACCACACCCAUGGCUGAGCAGAGACCAGAAAGCACCCCUAUCACAGCCACCAAACAGCCUGAGAAAGUGGCAGCCACCCGGCAGGAGAUCUUCCAGGAGCAGUUGGCAGCAGUGCCAGACUUCCAAGGCCUGGGGCCCCUCUUCAAGUCCUCACCCGAGCCUGUGGCCCUCACUGAAUUGGAGACGGAGUAUGUAGUCCACUGCACCAAACACGUCUUCACUGAGCACAUGGUGUUCCAGUUUGACUGCACAAACACUCUCAAUGACCGCAUGCUGGAGAAUGUCACUGUGUACCUGGAGCCCACUGAGGCCUACGAGGUGCUCUGCUAUGUGCCUGCCCGAAGCCUGCCUUACAACCAGCCUGGCACCUGCUACACACUGGUGGCACUGCCCAAGGAAGACCCCACAGCUGUGGCCUGCACGUUCAGCUGCAUGAUGAAGUUCACUGUGAAGGACUGCGACCCCACCACAGGGGAGAUAGAUGAAGAGGGCUAUGAGGACGAGUACGUGCUGGAGGACCUGGAGGUCAGUGUAGCAGAUCACAUUCAGAAGGUCAUGAAAGUGAACUUCGAAGCAGCCUGGGAUGAGGUAGGGGAUGAGUUCGAGAAGGAGGAGACAUUCACGCUGUCUACUAUCAAGACGUUGGAAGAGGCCGUGGGCAACAUCGUGAAGUUCUUGGGAAUGCACGCAUGUGAGAGGUCAGACAAAGUUCCAGACAACAAGAACACCCAUACGCUGCUCCUGGCAGGUGUGUUCCGGGGUGGUCAUGACAUCCUUGUGCGUGCUCGGCUGUUGCUUUUGGACACAGUGACAAUGCAGGUGACAGCCCGAAGUUCCGAGGAGCUGCCAGUUGACAUCAUCUUGGCAUCUGUGGGCUAGGAGGCCUG